AUGUCGUCUGAUCAGAUAUAUUCGGCCAAGUACUCGGGCGUGGAAGUGUAUGAGUUCAUACAUCCUACAGGAUCAAUUAUGAAGCGUAAAGCGGAUAACUGGGUGAAUGCUACUCAUAUACUAAAAGCCGCAAAAUUUCCCAAGGCGAAACGUACAAGAAUAUUAGAAAAGGAGGUAAUAACGGAUACCCACGAGAAAGUUCAGGGUGGGUUCGGGAAAUAUCAGGGUACAUGGAUUCCUUUGGAGUUAGCGAGGAAACUAGCAGAAAAAUUUGAAGUUCUCGAGGAAUUGAGACCACUAUUUGAUUUCACUCAGCAAGAGGGCACUGCGUCUCCGCCACAAGCUCCUAAGCACCAUCAUGCUUCGAGAACAGAUUCUGUCCGUAAGAGAGCAACUAAGAGUGCGUCAACCACCACCAGUAAAGUACCAGAGGCAAAGAGUUCGUCCCAAUCUUCAUCCCAACGGCAACAACAAAAACAGCAGCAAAAAGCUGCCUCUGCUUCUGGGUCAGUAUCAGUUCCAAGAAGGGGACGGCCACCAAGAAACAAACCGACCGUAGCUUUGCAAAGGUCUCAAAGUGAGAUGGUAUUCCCUAAACCCUCUAUACCGUUCUCAUCUAUUCAAGGCACAAAACUCCCUAGUCUCCAACCGCAACUUGCCAGAUCAUCUACUAGUUUGUCCCCUAUAGUAGAUGUAAAAUCACCCUUAGACCAAACCUCUCCCCAGUUCAAGGAACUCGAUAUAGAAGACGGAUUGUCUAGCGAUAUCGAACCAAAUUCACUGAUGGCGGCCAAACAUGAAGAUAGCACGCACAUAAUGAAUUCAAAGGAUGAACCAGUUUCGUCAUCGUCAUCGUUACCAUCAUCACCAACAGAAUUUUCACAGAGUGUUCCAUUUUCUUCUAGGCCGAAUAUUCAAACACCCUUACAAAUGAAUGGGACUACGUCAAUGAAUAUGAUACUUCCUAAAUUUCCCUCUUCACAGAAUUCCCAGUCAGACUCCAAUCAACGAGCAAAUGACUAUUUGACAAAGCUAGUAAACUACUUCAUAUCUAAUGAUUUACAGAAUGAGUCUGAAACUCCUGUUGAUCUUCUUAAUCCCCCAUUGCACUGCUCUCCAUUUAUUGAUACAUGGAUUGAUCCGGAACAUCAUACAGCAUUUCAUUGGGCAUGCGCCAUGGGGAAUUUGGCGAUUGUAGAAGCACUACUGAAGGCAGGCGCAUCUAUUAGAUCCGUUAAUAAUGUUGGUGAAACUCCGCUAAUACGAUCUUCAAUUUUUCACAAUUGUUACACUAAACGCACUUACCCACAAAUAUUUGAAAUAUUAAAGGAUACAGUAUUUGAUCUAGAUGCCAAAUCAAGAAAUGUAAUCCACAGAAUUGUAGCGAGAAAAAGUCACACACCAUCUGCAGUCUAUUAUUUAGACGUUGUACUAUCAAAAAUUAAAGACUUUACACCACAGUAUAGAAUAGAUGUACUGAUUAAUCAACAAGAUAGUGAAGGGAACUCUCCUUUGCAUUAUGCGGCCAUGAACAAAGAUAAUCAAUUCUACCAAUUACUAGUUAAGAACGGAGCUCUGACCACUAUUCACAACCUAAAUGGCAUGAGCCCUAAUGGGAUAAUCAACGGAAAGUACUCGACGGAAGAUAUUUCUAAAGGUCAAAGGUUGGAUGAUCCUUAUGAUUUCAACAGAAUGUAUCCUUCACAGGCGGCAACGACAGCUAAUAGGGCUAUUCCAGAUGUCAUAAAUAUGAUGAAAGAGAUGUCUAAUUCGUACCAAAACCUAUAUCAAAAAAGGCAGAAUGAUGCAAUUCAAAUGGAACGUACUGUGAAAAGUAUGAACAAAACAAUUUCGUCAAUUGAAAAUAAAUUGAUGGAUACCCUUCACGUGAAACAAUUAGGUGAUAUUGAUGUUGUAAUAAAUCAAAGGCGCGAAAGCAUAGAGGAACUCCAGACAAAGAUAUCAGCAAACAAGCGUACAUUGAUGAAUACGUUAGAAAGUGGUCAAGUAAAACUUAUAAAAAAGUUUGUUGAUGAAGAAAGCAAAGAAGAAACAGAAAACGAUGAGAACUCCGAAAGUGUUCAUGAACUCUUGAAAGAUUUGGUACUACUUCAACUCAAGAGAAAAAGAAAGAUUACCCAGAUCAUUGAUGUUAUUACUGACAACUCUAAGGUAUAUAAAUACCGUAAAAUGAUAUCACAAGGAACAGACAUAGAUGUUCCAGAUGUUGAUGAAUGUUUAGAUGUGAUAUACGAUACUUUAAGUAAAGAAUCAUGA